AGGGAAAUAUUCACGCAUAUCAGUAGUGCCAACAGUUAACGGAAAGAAAAUGGAGAUGGAAUUGGAUACAGGGGCUGCAGUGUCAUUGAUUCCUUGGGAACUGUACAAACGAAAGCUGCAUAAGUUUCCUCUGCAACCCACUGAUAUCAUACUAAAGACAUACACAGGAGAGCCUUUGGCACCAGAAGGAGUCGUUAAAGUGCAAGUGGCAUUGAACAAGCAACACGCUGUCUUGCCACUGUAUGUGGUGAAGGCGGAUGCUCCACCAUUAUUUGGCAGGGAGUGGCUGAGAGCCAUUCAACUAAAUUGGAGAGACUUAAAGACUGUACAUGCAAUUGAGUACAGACAGACAGACAGCUUAGAGACAGUGUUAAAGAGACACUCCGCUGUUUUCUCCGAUAAGUUAGGCACCAUGAGAGGAGUGAAAGCCAGGCUCACUCUAAGACCAAACAGUGUACCCAAAUUCUGCCCACCACGCAAUGUGCCAUAUGCUCUUCGACCGCGAGUGGAAGCUGAGCUGACACGCCUCACUGAGCUUGGCCUCAUCUCACCUGUGGCGCAUAGUGACUGGGCUACGCCAGUGGUGCCCGUGAACAAGAAGGACGGCGCCGUGAGACUCUGCGGGGACUUCAAAGUCACCAUCAACCCAGCCCUCUGCAUCGACAAGUACCCAAUUCCACGUAUUGAGGACUUGUUCGCUUCUCUUGCUGGAGGUCAACGCUUCAGUAAGCUGGAUCUAUCCAAUGCAUAUCUACAGAUGGAAGUAGAAGAGAGCUCCAAGAAGUUGCUGACCAUCACAACACAGAAAGGACUGUUCUGCUUCAACCGCUUGCCGUUUGGUGUAGCGUCAUCGCCCGCCUUGUUCCAGAAGGCAAUGGACCAGGUGCUCCUCGGACUGCCACACACUCACUGCUACCUGGACGACAUACUGGUCAGUGGUCCUGACAAGCAGACACACCUGAAAAUUCUGGAUGCAGUACUCAGCAGGCUAGAGGAAUACGGCCUGCACCUCAAGCAAGAGAAAUGUCUCUUCUUCCAGGAAUCCGUGGAAUACCUGGGCCACAUCAUCGAUGCUGCUGGGCUCCACAAGUCACCGGAGAAGGUACGUGCCAUCGUGGAAGCACCAGCACCAGGCGAUGUAAGUAAACUUCGAUCUUUUCUAGGAAUGCUUAACUAUUAUGGACGCUUUAUCCCUGAUCUGGCCACUGUGCUAAAGCCAUUGAAUGAACUGCUGAACAAAGAAAAGAAAUGGCAGUGGACGUCAGCCUGUGCAUCAGCGUUCCAGAAAGCCAAAGCACUCCUGGUAUCACAAGAGGUGCUCACACACUACAACCCUGAGUUGCCUCUCCGUCUUGCUUGCGAUGCUUCACCCUAUGGGGUCGGAGCUGUUCUCUCGCAUGUCAUGCCGGAUGGCGAUGAAAAACCCAUCGCCUAUGCAUCCAGAACUCUCAGCAAAGCAGAACAAAACUACGCUCAGAUUGAGAGGGAGGCGUUAGCGAUAGUCUUUGGAGUACGCAAGUUCCACCAGUACCUGUAUGGCAAUACAUUCACGCUACUCACUGACCAUCGCCCGCUUACAACCAUCUUCAGUCCAGUGAAAAGCACACCAUCCAUGGCUGCAGCUCGCAUGCAACGCUGGGCGCUCAUGCUUUCCGCUCACAAUUACACCAUUGAGUACCGAAAGGGGGCCCUACAUGCCAACGCUGAUGGACUGUCAAGGUUACCGCUCCCUCAUGCCCCCAGUGAGAAACAAGUCAGCAAUGCCGAGAUCAAGCGUCACACCAUGUCGGAUUCCACCCUGCCCCGUGUCAUGGAAAUGGUCACAACUGGUUGUUUUCCAGCUGCAAAGGACGCAGGUGACCUGUCUCCCUAUCUCCAGCGCUGCCAUGAUCUCACUGUGCAGCACGGAUGCCUUAUGUGGGGGUUGAGAGUGAUUGUGCCACCCAAACUGCGCCCCCGGGUGCUGACAGAGCUACACUCAGCACACCCAGGUGUAGUAAGGAUGAAGAGCUUAGCUCGUAGCUACGUUUGGUGGCCCAGCAUCGACUCCCAGAUCGAGCACCAAGCAAAAUCAUGCCACUCAUGUCAACGAGUGCAGAAAGACCCUGGCCUAGCACCCUUACACCCGUGGAUGUGGCCAUCCAGUCCUUGGGAACGGAUACAUGUGGACUUUGCCGGUCCAUUUGAAGGGCACAUGUACCUGGUCAUAGUGGACGCACACUCCAAAUGGCCCGAGGUGCACAUCAUGGAUAGCACCACAUCCAGCAAAACCAUCCAAGUGCUUAGGGGACUUUUUAGUCGCUAUGGCAUUCCACACAGUCUUGUAAGCGACAACGGCCCUCAGUUCUGCUCUGAAGAAUUCAGCACGUUUCUGAAAGCCAAUGGAGUCAAACACAUUCGCUCAGCACCAUACCACCCUGCCUCCAAUGGCUUGGCAGAGCGAUUUGUGCAAACCUUCAAGCACGCUCUGAAAUCUUCCAGAGGAACUACACCAGUGCAGCAGCGUCUGGAUACGUUCCUCCUGACCUACCGUAACACCCCCCAUGCAACAACCAAGGAAAGCCCUGCAAUGCUGUUCAUCGGACGCAAGCUGCGUUCUCGACUGGAUUUCCUGAAACCAAGUAUGGCUGGAACAGUGCACCAGUCACAAGAGGCUCAACUGCAACGACGCCAGCUACACUCUAAACAGAGACAGUUUGAACUUGGUGAGCCAGUGCUCGUGCGUGAUUAUAGGAGGGGGGAGGAUAAGUGGACGCAAGCUGUGGUGAUCGAGAAGACCGGACCAGUGUCCUACAAGGUACAUGUGGGAACACAAGGGGUCUGGAAGCGUCAUGUGGACCAGAUGCUGACUCGGCCCGAGUCAGACCCACCAGAGACUGCAGGGAGUUUUCCUGCGCCUGAGACGGCCGUCGCCGCUCUGGCCAGCACUUUCUGGGAUCUGUUAUGA